AUGGCAGACAACACGGUGCCGAGGCAGAAAUGGUGGAAGAUUCAAUGGUACUCCGACGAUGACACGCCCGAGGAGCGCAAGUUCAUCGUCAAGCUGGACCUCAUCAUAGUUCCCUACGCUGUCCUGGCCUAUUGGGUCAAAUACAUUGAUAAUGCCUACGUCGGAGGUAUGAAGGAAGAGCUCGGUUUCAAAGGUAACGAGCUUGUUGAACUCCAAACCAUGUACACCGUCGGGGCGGUUGUCGGCAUGGUUCCCUUUAUGUUUCUGUUCACGUACAUCCCAAUGUACUGGACGAUCCCCGCCAUGGAUAUCCUCUGGGGGCUUUUCACCCUGUUGCAAUACCGCGCCAACUCGUUUGGGGAAUUGGCGGCGUACCGCUUUCUCGUUGGUUUCUUUGAGGCGGCUUUCUUCCCAGCUAUGCACUACGUCUUUGGCUCUUGGUACCGAGGCCACGAAAUCGCACGCAGGGGCGGCAUCUUUUACACCGGUCUCAAUCUCGGGACUCUCACAGCAGGCCUCAUCGCGGCUGGGGCCUUGCACCGGCUCGAAGGCGUCAACGGAAUGGCUGGCUGGCGCUGGAUGUACAUCAUUUGCGCCAUCAUCACCAUACCCGUCGGCAUCCUCGGCUACUUCCUCCUCCCCGGCACCUUGGAGCAGCCGAACCGCUGGAUCCUCAACGACCACGAUCUCAAAGUCGCCAGAGCGCGCCUCGAGCGCGGCGGCCACGUUACGCGCGGCAAGUUCAAGCUGGGCCACCUCAAGAAUAUCUUUCUCAGCCCGCAGUUCUGGACCGUUGUGCUCGUCGACAUUCUCUUCUGGAACGCCGGCAUCCACAAGAGCACAGGCAGCUUUCUCCUCUGGAUCAAGAGUCUCGGCCGCUACAGCCCGGCGCAGGUCAACGAGAUGGGGACCAUUGCCCCGGCGAUGGGCAUCCUGUACAACCUCGUGGCGUGCUUCCUGUCCGAUCUCGUCCUGGGGCCGGCGUGGGCCAUUACCUUCUCCUCGCUAUGGAACGUGACGGGCCUCAUCAUGCUCGUAGUCUGGGAUGUGCCGGAGAGCGCCAAGUGGUUCGCCUUCUCGACGAUGUACUGGGCCAACGCGCUCUCGAGCGUGCUCCACGGAUGGGUCAACACCAUUCUCCGGGACUCACCCGAGCAACGGUCGUUCACUUUGGUCAUGAUCACCAUCAUUGCCCAGUCAUCCACAGCGUGGACACCUCUCUUGACCUUCCCGACCGUUGAAGCCCCGAGCUACCCCAAAGGCUUCUCUUUCUGUCUGGGCUGUGCGGUGGCACUCAUCGCCGCGACCCACGUUCUCAACUUAUACAUCAAGCGCAAGGAGUAA